CCUCCCCGCCGGCUGCAAUUUAUUCAUUAAGUGGGGAAGAGCAGGCAGUCCAUUUGCUGCUGGGGCUGAGUGAUUCACAGCUCUACCGCCAGGGGACAAAGCCCUGCCUGCACCAGCAGGCUCAUUAGGAAAUCGGCAGCUCCACCGACCACCAGGACCAAGCAAACCCUUUCUGCAACUUCCAGCUGCGAAAUCCCGGCUCACCCAGCCCAGCCGACCCCAGGCUGCAGCUCCUCCAGUACCGACUCGCCUACACGAGGCUGAUGGGCACGCAAUCAAACCCCAACCAGCCGGGCUCUGGCUAAGAAGAAAAGCCACCUCCUGCCACUGGUGAAGAUCCGGCAGCCGGUGGAGAGUAGGAGGACUUGUGGCACCUUAGAGACUAACAAAUUUAUUAGAGCAUGGUGGAGAGUGUUAAGCAUCGUGUUCUGCAGGACAUACCCUCCCGCUGAAAGUUUAGUGGCUCUCUGGAGGAUCAAUAGCCUGGACAUCCAGAGGCAACACAAUCAGUGGCUGUUUCUCAUCGUGUCCCCCUGGAGGAAAGAAACUUACCAGAGCCUGGUUCUUGGCCUCUCUUUAAGUCAGUGGCUGAACAGGAGAUCCAGGUCUUCAUUUCAGCCCAAGGCACCACGAGAUAAGAGUUUGUCAAUUCUCCCAGUCAGGGGAGAAGAGGCAACUCUGGAAGCAGGACAUUAAAAUCUGCCCAGCUAAAUGCAGGCAGCAUCUGGUUAAGCAGAGCUACCACCACCGGGAGGUUGAGAGAGAACAGCCCAGCACCAUCUGAGCAGGUUCACUGCAAUCUCUCUCUCCCUCUGUGUGUCUCCCCCUCCCUUUCCCUAGCAUCAUUAUAUCACCGCACUUAACAGAGAGAGUGAGCACAGAGCUGAGAAGCCCCAGACUAUGGGUCAGCCCGACUGAGGAAUUACGUGCUAAAAAGACUUUCUCAAUUUACUGGAAAGCUUAUUGUAAUUACUUGAAAAUAGCCUGGCCGGGAGUACUCUCAGCAUCUAGACCCUAGGGGGGAAAAUAGGAUUAUUGGAGGGGUAAAGAUGCCUUUCACUGGGUGGAUAGUAGGUUUUCUCCUCCUUUGUGAAGCUUCCUUUGGUCUCUACUUCCCUAGGAAAGAUUAUUCGGAGACUGUCUACAUUGAUCAGCCAGCGGGUACGCCGCUACUGCACAUCCGUGCCUUGAGGGAUUCACAUGGGGAGGUGGCCCACUUUCAGCUGUGCCAGCAUCUCUUUAUCUAUCGUGUUGGAGCCUAUGAAAAUCAUUGGUUUCAAAUAAAAGAAAAAACCGGGCUUCUCUACCUCAAUAAGAGUCUGGAUAGAGGAGACUUCGAUAUCCUGUUUGGAAAAAAUUGGAUGUCAUUACCAAAGGUGACAUUUCAUGUCUACCUUUCACCCCAGCCCUUCCAAGGGAAGGAAUGUGAGACCCCCACGUCUGCCCUGGUGCAUCUCUCCAUCAUCAACGCCACUGUACCAACUUGCAAUGCUCUGAUGUCAAGGGAGCUUUGUUUCUCAGAAAUGGAUCUCUCCUUUCACAUCAAGGAGAAUAAACCACCUGGCACAUUUCAUCAGCUUCAGUUACCCCCAAUACAUCACCUUUGCCAGAAUGUCAGCAUUUCCUACAAAUUACUAGCAGUUGAAGGGCUGCCUUUUCACUACAAUGAGAACACCACAGGCGUGAGUGUUGUGCAGCGUUUGGAUCGGGAAGAAAGAGAGAGGUAUGAGCUGAUCGCCAAGUGUACAGUGAGAGAGGGCUCCAAGGAGAUGCAGGUCGAGGUGCCUUUCCUGGUCAAUGUGUUAGAUGAAGAUGACUCUGCCCCCUUCCUUCCCAAUGGAACUAGCACGACGGAUGCUGUUGUGGAGUUCAACAGAAAAGAGGGAACUGUCCUAGCCACACUGACUGUGUGUGAUGCAGACACCACACCUAUUUUCCCCAUUGAAAGCAGCAGAAAGAAGUACACAGGCACCAUCAGUACAACUGAUCCAUGGAUUAGCGAAACAUUUCGGGUGGAUCACAUCUUCCAUGAGAUCUAUUUCAGCCCCAAUGGCAGCCAAGUGAGGGGAACACUGCAUGAAUACAAACUGAUGCUGAAUAAAAAUAUUUCAGUCACAGAGAACCGUUCCUUCCAGUUGGAUGUUUUGGUGAAUGACACAGAGUUUCAUGGCCCUGAAAGAUCUGUGAUGCUCCAUUUCAAUGUCUCUAUUCUUCCCGUCAGCAUUCAGUUCCCUAAUGUGACUUACCAGUUCACGGUGAACAGAAACGCUGAACGUUUUGCACAUAUAGGUAAAAUCUGCAUCGAAAACUGCAUGAAGUUCUGUGGAGUAAACAUCACCUACAGGUUGCUGUCUCCCAAUGCCAGCUGCUAUGCUGUAGGGAUACUGCAGGGCCGAGAGGACAAGUAUGGAAGCCUCUAUGUGAAUGACUCCUCUGUGCUACUCAGACCUGAAUGCAAAGAAAUUCAAUACACCAUUGUAGCCUCAGACAAGCAGAGUAAGAAGCAUGCCAAAACCCAGCUCACUAUUACGCUGGAAGGAACAAUUAUUAAGAAAGAAGAGGACUGCCCUGAAUCUUGCGCUGUUAAUAAGCACCGUGCUGAAUGUGAAGAGUGUGGUGGCGUAGGAGUGCUAACAGGAAAAUGCCAGUGGAGACAGGGAAGUGGAAAAGGAAUCACCACAAAUUAUUCUACCUGCACGCCAAGCAUCAGGACUUGUCCAGAUGGCACCUGUGACAUUAUAGAGAGCAAAGAUCCGGCGGUGUGCCCCCAAGAUUGCACAACUGGAAACAUCAUUGGUGGUCAUGAGAGAGGCGCUCAUGGAAUUAAAUCAGGACAUGGGAUUUGUUACUGCUUCCCAAGACAAAACUGUUACUGUGAGAAAGAUGAUAUUAAAGAGCCGCUGUGUGAUGACGUGUGCAAGACUGUGAUUGCAGGGGCAGUUCUGCUCUCCUUCAUUAUCUCAGUGCUGCUCUCUUCUUAUUUCAUCCAUCGUUACCACAAGAAUUCUCCAAAACCACCAAUUGCCUCAGCGGAGAUGACCUUUCGGCGCCCAGCCCAGUCCUACCCCAUCAGUUACUCUUCUACAAAUGUCCGUCGGCCAUCUCUGGACUCUAUGGAGAACCAGGUGCCUGUUGACACCUUUAAAAUUCCUGAGGAUCCCAAAUGGGAAUUCCCCCGGAAGAACCUGGUUCUAGGCAAGACACUAGGAGAAGGAGAAUUUGGAAAGGUCGUCAAGGCAACAGCGUUCAGACUCAAGGGGAAAGCAGGCUACACCACGGUGGCAGUGAAAAUGCUCAAAGAAAACGCUUCCCAGAGUGAGCUGCGAGAUCUGCUGUCAGAGUUUAACCUCUUGAAACAGGUCAACCACCCUCAUGUCAUCAAACUGUAUGGAGCAUGCAGUCAGGAUGGGCCUCUGUAUUUAAUUGUGGAAUAUGCGAAGUAUGGUUCCUUGCGCAGUUUUCUCAGGGAAAGUCGGAAAGUAGGACCUAGCUAUGUGGGCAGUGAUGCCAACAGAAAUUCAAGCUACUUGGACAACCCAGAUGAGAGAGCCUUAACAAUGGGAGAUCUGAUCUCAUUUGCAUGGCAGAUAUCUCGGGGGAUGCAGUACCUGGCAGAAAUGAAGCUUGUUCAUCGUGAUUUAGCAGCCAGAAAUGUAUUGGUGGCAGAAGGACGCAAAAUGAAGAUUUCUGAUUUUGGCUUGUCCCGAGAUGUUUAUGAAGAGGAUUCCUAUGUCAAGAGAAGCAAGGGUCGAAUACCUGUUAAAUGGAUGGCAAUAGAAUCCCUAUUUGAUCAUAUCUAUACAACACAAAGUGAUGUCUGGUCAUUUGGAGUUCUGCUAUGGGAGAUUGUAACCCUGGGAGGUAAUCCUUAUCCUGGAAUUGCUCCUGAAAGACUCUUUAACCUCCUGAAAACUGGCUAUAGAAUGGAGAGACCUGAAAACUGCAGUGAAGAAAUGUAUAACUUGAUGCUGCGAUGCUGGAAACAGGAACCAGAUAAGAGGCCAACAUUUGCUGACAUCAGCAAAGAACUGGAGAAAAUGAUGGUGAAGAGUAGGGACUACUUAGAUCUUGCAGCUUCCACACCCUCUGACUCCUUACUUUAUGAUGACGGGCUCUCAGAAGAGGAGACACCACUCGUGGACUGUAAUAAUGCUCCCCUCCCUCGAACCCUCCCCUCCACAUGGAUUGAAAACAAACUCUAUGGCAUGUCAUACCCGAACUGGCCUGAGGAGAGCCCCGUUCCACUCACAAGAUUCGAUGGCACUAACUCUGUGUUUUCAAGAUAUGCAAAUGAUAGUGUAUAUGCUAACUGGAUGGUUUCACCCUCAGCGGCAAAAUUUAUGGACAAGUUUGAUAGUUAAAAAUUUCUUUGUGAAAGGUAAUGGACCCAUGAGGGGAGCAAACAUGCAAAGAAUGGAAAGUCCAUUGGCUCAUUCUUUGUACAAUUAAAACAGGUUAAACCAACAUUAAUUUCUCAAAUGGCAAACUCUUUUUUGGUAGUUUCUCAAGUGGUUUUACGCAUGAUCAAGACUAUAAUUGAUUAUUUUCCCCUUUCAGGAAACAUAUCAAACUGGAUAAAAGUUGUAGUUCCAGUACUUAUUUUUUAGUCCACCAUUCUGCACAUAGUCCAAUUUGGUAACUGUUUAUUGCAAAUGGCUGUGCACUUCAUGCUUACAAUUUUUUAGGUCAGCUGUCCUACAUUACAGCUUUCUUGGGUGGGAAAAUGUUGUUGUACUUGAACUGCUACUUUUCUGGUUAUUAACAAAAGGCCACUUGAUCUAAGCAUGAAGCACAAACAGUAUAUGUAGGGGGGAAAAAACAUUUGGCUCAAAAUAACUGAGCUUACUAUAGAAUCCAAAGUGUUACCAUGAUGUUGGCACUAAUGAAGCCUGUAUUUUGGUUUCGAAGCAAACAUUAAGUAACUCAGUAGGGAACUUGAGAUUCAACAUUUGAAGUCUUGAAAAGCUGUAAAAAUGUCUUGUCUUGUCUUAAUGAGAAAAAAGUUUGUUUUAUUAUGUUUAAACUAUUCUUACCUUUAGCACAAUGGAGAUAAAUUUGAUACCAGAUAUGCUAUAUAGACUGAUGUCAAUCAAGAGUGCUCACCUGACACAACUUAUUUUCCAUUACAUCCAUUUUACUAAUGUUACAAUAUCUGUUGUACAAUCAUAAUUCUGUUUGAGUUCAGUGUAGACUGUACAGGAUAUUUUGAACUAAAUUAAAGCAAAGAGAUUUUGUUUGCAGUCAUGUUCAAUGAGUUGGAGUCUUCCUCUAAGUUCAAAAUCUGAUUCUACAGUCCAAUACACUGCUAACAUAGGAUAUCACACUGACACCAUUCCAAAUAAAUCUUCUGUCUUGCAAGUCACAAGUAGACAACCCUUUUACUUAGCAUAACUUAUCUGAUGCUUUUAUCUUUAGUUAGUUAAUUAUUCCCUACAAGUGGGAGUGGGAGGGGGAAAUCACCUGAUUUUGUUAAGGGUAAAUUUAAUUCAAAUGAUGUGCAACCAUAUUGAUGUGGUAUUUAGGAGAAUGAUCUGACUCUUAUAGAGCUUAUGUGGAAGGGGAUAAAUAGGUUGGCAGUACUUUUCUGUCUUUUACUUGUAAUUUAAUAUUGUUGAAGAGAAUAUUUUUUGUGUUCUAAAAAUGUUGGACCAUAAACCCAGAGUGACAUGUUGUUACCUGUGUGAUGGCUAUUCUUAAAUAAUCCAAUUCUGCCAAAGCUUGUUCCUGUCUCUUAAAUUCCAGUUUAGCUGUCUUCAUGUGUUUGUUUUGUGUGUCAGCACAAUGUGUUUCCAUAAAGUCUGUGAUUUCAGAAGUAAAUGAGUCAGAUUGCCAAAAACUUAACACAGAUCUUCAUACAAACAACAGAAGUACAGAUGUAAAGCGUUGUGUUAGUAUUUAAACACUGUUUUAUAAAGGAAUAUUGUCUUUUAUUAUAACUUGUUUUCAGACGAGCAGUAGCAGUGUGAAUUUUUCUUUGUGUAAGCUAACUACUACACUAGGUACUCUGUGCACAGCAUAAAGAUACAGACAUGCAUAGGAAGAGAAGAUGUAAUGAGUUUAGUUGUGAUACAACAGUGGCCUCUCAAAUGAUUCUGGAGGUGUGGCACAGCCCUGAAUACACUGUAACAAUGCACAUCAAAUAAGUAUAAAAUAAAUGCAAUGGAAAAUUAAACCCCCAUUAAA